AUGUAUCAGUUCUUCCGAAAACAUCUCAAUCUCAGCCCCUUCCACAAUCCUCGCUGCACUCUCUUUUAUCAUCUCUUUGCCCUUUCCUCAAAAUCACUCAUUCCCCUCUCUUCCACUCCCCAAACCCCAAUUCUCAGUUCCCAUCAACUUCACGCCGUUCCUUCUUCGGAUACUUCAACUCAUUUCACCAUUUCCUCAUCUGGGUCUUCCUCAUUUCCUUCUACACCAUACCCAUCUUCUCGAUUUUUCAAUACAUCCGGUUUUCAGUGGGCUCGCAGUUUCUCUGCCUCUUCUUCGAGGGUAAAUGCGAGUCGAAAUCAAAUUUCGGAGGUUACCAAUUUGAUUAGAAGACGCGAUAACGAUUUAGAAUCCAAGUUGGAUGCUAUGAAUGUAAGUCUUUCCGAGGUAUCAUUGGACACCAUUUUCCGAACUUUAAAUUACCAGAAAGUUCCUGCAUUGCGUUUCUUCGAUUGGAUUCGACAAUCCCAUCCCCGGUUUUAUCAUAACUAUGAUAUUUUUAGUUUGGUUAUCAACAAUUGUGGGAUAUUAGUAAAGCUGCAACGAAUAACUCCAUAUGCGGAAGUGUUGAAUAGAAUAGGUGGGUCAUGUGGUGUUUCUUGUACCCAUGCUUUGAUUGAGAUGUUAUGCUCUCUAGGAUCCUUUGAAAUUGCUGAAUAUGUGGAUGUGGUUGCAAGUACAAAGAAAAGAGGUCAUUUCGAAGAAGCAAGGAACGUGCUUGAUGAGAUGAUCAAAAUGGGUUGUCACCCGAAUUCCCAGAUUUUUAAUUAUCUACUCAGUUGUUUACGCAAGAAUGAUACUGCCGUGGCUGAUGAACUGCUUGAACUCAUGCUCCAAAGUGGCUGCCCUCCUGAUGCAUUAACGUUUGAGAUAUUCAUUUGCCAUUUCUGCAGCCAUGGUAAAUUAGAUACUGCAUUUGAGUGGCUAGAUAAAAUGGAAUCAGAUGAUAUCGAACCUCGGCAAACGACACAUGCUGCCUUUAUCAAGGGUUACUUCAAAUUACAGCAGUAUCAGGAGGCACACCAGUAUGUGGUUGUUAGUAGUGGUAAGUAUAAGACGGCAAGCAAUACGAUUUAUAGUUUGUUGGCGAACCUUCAUAUAAAAAGGGGAGAACCGGUCAUCGCACAGCCCGUGCUUUCGGAGAUGAUAGAAAAGGGUCUAAAACCAAACUUUGCAGUGUAUAUGAAUGUUUUGAAGCACCUCCAGAAAUCUGGCAGACAAGAUCUAGCAAGAAACUUGGAGAGCAGCUUCUCUAGCUUCAUUUCACAACAAUGUGCUGGUAAUGGCUGAAGUUUGUCUGAAAAUUCUGUAGGCAGAAAUUUUCAUGUGAUCUUCUGUUUGUAGUUGCAUAAACGAGCUCACUGGAGAUCGUAUUUCACAAUG